ACGUGCUCUGAAAAGUCUUCAGUUUGUGUGGCGAAUAAGAUGACAGAUAGCGGUGAGUUGAAGGGGAGGGCAAAAGUAUUUACUUAUUUGUACGAGUGAUUAUCAGUUGGGGAGUACUGUGAGCGUGCAUGCACUGCGUGUGCGCUGCCUGUUCCAGGAUUAUCUUUUCUUUAUACUUUACUUGUCCGUCUGUCCAUUCUUGAAGGGGUUCUUGAUAUGCUUACGACUUGCUGAAAGUGUAAACCUCCUUCAUGCUCAUACUCUCCCCUUCCACAUCUCAUACAGGUUAUGACUGUGGGGUUAGGUCAGAAUUGAAAGACUCCAUCUGGACGCUGCUUGCGGUGUAUACCUUCAUCUUUGCUGGGCUGCUGGUCGUCAUCACCAUGAUCUGCAUUCAGGUCAAGGUCAUCAGGAUAAUCUGGUUAAAGACUGUGAAGAGAAGACCGACCUUAGAUUCGAUAUUCCCCGAUCCACUUUUACCGACACCAGAUGUCGUCGUUACGUCACCAGAAGUGGAGGACUUUCAUCAUGUGUCCGCGGGAGCCGGGCAAAUAAACACAAGAACAGGCAUGGGAGAGAGGCCUCCACACCAGCUUUUCGAGAUUGGUUCUUCAGUCGACGCCAGCGUUGGAGAUUCGGUAGACCCCAGCCCAACGACGAGCGGGUUCAAAAGUAGUGACAAAAACCCAUCCAUGAAAUCGUCCUCGAGUCGGUCGAAAUCACGCAAAGAGAGGAAGGAUGUCGAGGUAUCCUCUCCCAACGACCGUUAUCUCAGCGUCCCCGGCAACUCCGACCUGGACUCCGAACGCAACUCCAGCGCUUCCACCUUACCCACCCUCAAGCGCUCGCUGUCGUCCUUUUUCAGUUGGAACUUGGUUAACAGCGCGUCAGCGUCCUUCACCAGCCUGAGGGAGCGGAUGAAGCCCACGACGUUCGACACCAGCUCGAUGUCGGAAAUCGGACGACAAGGGUUCCGUGUAGCGGUGCUGAUGAUGCUGGCCACAGUCGUCUUCUGCCUCUCCACCGUGCCCGCCCUCGUUGUGCUGGUGCUUUGGGCGACGGUCCGGGACCUGGACAACCGCGUCCGCUGCGAACGAAAUCUACUUCGCCAUUUACAAUAUCUGCAUGCGGUCCUACUUCCUGUCCGCUGCUGCUAAUCCCUUUUUGUACUCGUAUUCGAGACCCAGGUUUCGGUACGCAUUACUAAAACUCUUCGGACAAGACCCAGACAAGCAGAGAAGAAAAACUAUCAGGAAAACCAAGAGAAAAAACUGAAUAAUAUGUCAUAAUAC